GGCCGAGUGAAGGUCGGUGAGGAGAUCAUCCGAUUGAGGUGGCUCUUGGAUGAGCGCAUUUUAAGGGCGAUCGAGGAAUGCAUCACGCUAUAGUCUGAGUGCCUGCAAAAGCUGGUCUGCAGUGUAGCAGCUCUCCCCUGCUAGUGUGUUGCGGCUGCAUCUGCAGUGGUUAGCACCUCAAACUUAUUGUGAGGCGCUUGAAGCUGCGAUGUAGCAAUCGAUUUGAAUGACUAGAAUUUCCAUACGCAAGGUAGUGAGAGGCAGACAUUGUCCUGGAGGUUUGACGCAGAGCAUGUAUACACCAUUUCCCCCAACUCAAGAUCGGAAAUCACGACUCUACCCCGUACAGAUUACUGCCGCACUGAUCGCGCACCACGUGCUGGCAAUCGUAACGCAAAUUUCCGAGAGGCGCAGUCAGAGUCCAUCGCGUUAGCUGAAACCGACCGAGGACCCGAUAGACCGCCCAAACACGAUGCAUCGUCGAUGGCAGUCACCCGGAGCAAAGGCGCGGUGUAGCGACACCCCUCUAAGCUGAUAUACAUCUCGGCGCAAACCGCCUCUGGCCUCUGUCCGCUGACUUGGUCGAUCUCCUCGCUUUCUUUUUUGUUUUAGCUGGACCGAGCAUGCGAGCUUGCUCGAAAGCGGCGGCAAGGCAACGCCCGAUGACGGGCUCGCGCUGCAGGCGCUUUGCACGCAUUCUUUGAUGGUCGCUCUCGGUGUUGGCUUCCCAAAUUGAUUGCAGUGUCACUCUCGUGCCUGAAUGGACAUGCGCAUGCCCAGGUCUACUCUUCACCAACCAAGCGCUAUGCUCUGAGCAGCUUUGAGCACAUGCUCAGCUCAACGUGGGACAAUACCGAUGCGGAGGACCUGCGCCUCACGCGGAGCUUUGAUUGAACGCGGGCAUCAGCGAACCUUGCGCAGGCUUGCCCUCCGAAAUUUUUGCUGUUCUGUCUUUCGAUACAGACCGUAACAAGUGGCACAUUGUACGAAGUGCAGCACUUUGGCACACCUGGACACUACGAAAUUGGCGCACAAUGAUAGGGCCUCCUGGAGGAUCGAUCGACCCCUAGUUUGGCCGUUGAGGGCGCUUCGAAUCCCUAACGGAAAUCGUGCAACGGAUUGGCUGGCUGCGUCAAAGUCUCGGUGAGUGGCUUGUAAGGCUACGAUGAGUUGGUUCGGCGCUAGAGGUGGUGGAUUGUGGUCGCACGGGGCCUGACGUCGAGCGUCACUGCACAAACGGUGUGCUGACUUCCCUGCUCGCCUUGAUGAGACCGUGGACCUGGCGCCGGGGCUUCCGAGACCAAAACAUCAUCCAAAUGUGCCGACCGAUCGAUGGUGAGUCCUCAAUUCCCGCUGCGACCCCGAGUGGCCGUGGUAUGUUGUUCAAAAUUGCUGCAAGUGGUUCGAACCUGAGCACACAUCGUGGUGGGCCGAACGAGGGCAAGUGAGCCGCUGGAAGGCCAAAGAUACCCACCUC